UUUCAGUUUUUUUGUUAGUUUGAUUUUAGGUGCAGAGAGAGAGAGAGAGAGAGAGAUAUUUAGAGAGAGAGAGAGUGUGUUUGUUUUAAUAAUAUCUGUUUUUGUUUUUCUCUUUCAUCAUUUUUGUAGGUAUAUUUUGUGGAAGAAGACUUUGUAGCUUGACUUUGUGAAAGAACAUAAAAUUCAGGGACGGCCUUAAAGUUUAGAGGGAGUUAGAUUGAAAUCAUACAAGAAGUUUCAAUGGAGGUAUAUGGAAAAUCUAUGGUUGCAGCUCCUUCAAAUGUUAUUUAUCUGUCAAGUAUUUUGGGCCAUGAUGGUCCAAGCCCUGUUCACAAAUGCGACUGGAAAUGCCAAAACGAAAGUGUUUGGGGAAACAUGUUUCGCUGCAAGCUGACAGGGCUGACUCACAUCUGUGAUAAAAACUGUAACCAGAGAAUUCUCUAUGAUAACCAUAGCUCCCUUUGCCUAGCAAGUCGUCAAAUUUUCCCCCUUACUCCAACUGAAGAACAGGCAGUGAGAGGCGUUCGAAGGAAGCUCGAUGCAGCAGAGAGUUCACACGUUGAUAAUAACGGUGGCUGUAAGCGUAGGCGGGAUGCACAGUUUCAUCCUUCUCCUUUCGAGAGAUCUUUCACUGCAGUCAGUCCUAUCUGCAGCCAAGUUGGAGAUGGCAUGGAUACAAACUAGAUAUCGAGAUUCAUAUAACUGAAGGAGACCUUUUAUCAUUUCCCUAGUUUUUAUUUUAUUUUGCUUUUUCCAUCUAAUGAGUAUCCAUGACAGAACUUGAACAAUUAUGAAUCGCCGAUUGGUGGACAAUGAUGUGUCCCCAUUCGCCAUAGGACGUCUUUAUGUUUCUAGUAAUAAUGUAAUGCGGUAUUUAAAGUAGCUUGACUGUUGAAUGGAGACUUUGAGCUGGCUGUGUGUACACACAGUUAUGAGACUUGAAUUGAAUUCAGUUUCUUUAUAACUUACUGAGAAUCUGACUGGUAUAUUUAGCUUACCACAGGAUAUAUUUAGGCCUUCUUCUAUCAUGCUUUAAUUUAAUUCGGAUCUCGUUGAUGUAAAUAUUAGCAAUGUUUAUCAUGUAUCUGUAAUCACAGAGUGACCAUAUUCUAGUAUUAGUCUGGUGUACUCUUGUAUUCUUCCAAUUUUGUUUUCUAUGGUGCUGUUCGAACACAAAACAAGUAUUAUUCCUGUGCUGAUAACUCAGGUUCUAUCCAGUUCUUCGUUUGCAAGUUUUUGGAAUCUUAGGAAGACUGGUUUACUAACUCUUCCUCUGUUACAGGCUCAUGGGAGAUGAUACUAAUUCUAGUUCGAACUUGUCUUCAUCGAAUUUCUGUUAUUUUUUGUGGUUUGAAUUUGAUUGACUGUUGUCUGUGUGAGUUGAAUGUAAAUUGUGCAGGUUUUGAAGCAUAUGUGCUAGGAAGGAGCCUUCUAAACAUUUGUGUUUCAAUACUGAAUGAUUUCUUAUGAUAUAUAUUUUUCCUAUAUUUUAUGACAUGUAAUAUUGAUAAAUGUUUCAUUUUAUUGAUGUAGGUACAUGCCAAUGGAAAGAAUUACAAGGCUACUUGACGCUACAAUAUAUCAAAAGAAUUGAGGCAAGAGCAUUUAAGACAGCCAAUGGAAAGUUGAUAAAAAUUUGAGGUGUAAUGAGCAAAUAAAGGGUUUCCCUCACCAAGAAUCUCUAUCAUCAUCGCAAUAAUCUCUGUAAUCGCAGUCACUUAAAAUAUCUGCAUAAUGUGUUGAAGGAUUGAAAGUAAUAGCCUGUUUGGAAGGGUUGAAUUUAAUCAUCUGUUUUAGAAAGUAAACCCAUCUAUGGAUUGCCUUGUUCAUAGCAUGUGCUAAAUUUCAUACUUUUGUUACAUUCUCAGCAUAUUUGUGUAAAUAGAGGAUAGUGAUAUCAUUUUUUUAUUUUCAUCUUUGAUGUCUGUAUUUCAUUCCUUGUAGCCUAUAAGUAUCCCAAUCAAUCAAUCAAUGAAAUUUGCAACUGUUGAUGUUCAUGUAA